AGCUAGAACUAGAAUAAUAGCAUUAGAAAAGAAAAAAGAAAAAGAAAAAAACUGUAAGAUAUCUUCGAUUUCACAUGUAUAGAAUAUGAUACAAGACAGAACAGAUAGCUUUGGUUAAACAGAAAACAACUAACAUAAAGACUUGGAAUAAAACAAAAAGGAGUUGCCAUCUCAGUUACAUGCAGGGCAUACAGUAGAAGAGUGAUAACUGAUAUGUUCCUGGUCAAAUUCAAGGGAAAGUUAAAAACAAACAAAAGAAAAAAAACCAGUACACCGAAGUUAAAAAGACAGAGAAAGAGAGAGUUAAUAGCUUGAAAAACCACCCAUCAGACCCUAGUUGCCUUAAGUACCACGCCUUCUUUCUUUCCUCUCUAAAAACCACUAUUUAUGGAGUUCUUUUGUUCACAACAUAUCUUUUUUUCUUAACACAACCUCCCUUUCUCAGUUACAAAGUAUUUUCAGCUUAUAACUUCUUUUUCUUCUCACUUUUGAUCAGUUUAUCUGUAAAGAACCCAUCAGACUUUUUUGUUUUAGUUCUGGAUAUUCGUUUGAGUUUUUUCUUUUCUUUUCUUCCCCUGGUCUGGUUGCUUUUCAAUCGUUCUUCAUCUUCUAGAGCCCCAUUUUUAGGGGGGUCCAAUAGGAUAUUCUUGUGAGGAUUUAGGGAGGAUUUGAGAUUAUGGAAAACAAUUCCACGCUUAAUCAUCAUGUCAAGGAUGAUGAGCAGUUAGAAUUGCCUCCAGGAUUCCGGUUCCAUCCAACUGAUGAAGAGCUUAUAACUCACUAUCUAUCUCAAAAGGUUCUUGACAAUUGUUUUUGUGCUAGAGCUAUUGGUGAAGUUGAUUUGAACAAGUGUGAGCCUUGGGAUUUGCCUUGGAGAGCCAAAAUGGGUGAAAAAGAAUGGUAUUUUUUCUGCGUUAGAGACAGAAAGUACCCAACCGGUUUACGAACAAAUCGAGCUACUGAUGCCGGUUACUGGAAAGCUACUGGAAAAGACAAAGAAAUUUAUAGGGCCAAAACACUUGUGGGUAUGAAAAAGACUUUGGUCUUCUACAAAGGAAGAGCACCGAAAGGAACAAAAACUAACUGGGUUAUGCAUGAAUAUAGACUAGAAGGAAAAUACUCGGUGUAUAAUCUCCCUAAAACAGCAAAGAAUGAGUGGGUUAUCUGUAGAGUUUUCCAAAAGAGUUCAGGUGGAAAGAAAACUGAUAUUUCAGGGUUGGUGAGGUUAACUUCGUAUGGCAAUGAAUUAAGGCAAUCAUUAUUGCCUCCAUUGAUGGAUUCUUCUUCUCCAAACAACAGCGAUACAAGGAUUAAUGAAGAAGGUGAUUUGUCUCACGUGACCUGCUUCUCCAAAUCAAUGGAGGACAAGAAACCCCAAGAAGACAAAGCUGAUAAUAAUAACAGUAGUAGUAAUAAUAAUAAUACCUUCAACUCUAAUUCCGUCUUCUUGCCUUCUUCUUCAUCAUCUUCCAACAUGUCCCCUGUUUCUACUCUGUUUUCAAAAUCAUCUGUUCAGAACUCUUGCUUCUCCUUUCAACAUCAACCGACUUUUGCAAACUUGCAAUACCAAGACUCUGUCCUGAUGCCUGAACAGCAAUUUAUUUUAAGGAUGUUGCUUGACAACCAAGGACCCAAUCUGAAGCAGACCUCGAAAAUGGAGAUUUCACAUGACACUGGCCUUAGACCUGAUAUGUCAUCUGUUAUAAUAAAUCCUGAAAUGGUUCAAAGAUCAUUUGAUGAUCAAGAAGGUCCUUUAAGUUCUGCAGGACCAGUAGACCUUGAUUGUCUAUGGAGUUACUGAACUUAAAUUUAAAUUGGAAAAGAAAAAAAUUGAAGACCCAAAAGCAGUAGAGUUUUAGAUAUUAUUGCUAUUAUACAAUGUGGUUUGUAAAUAGAUUUCCUGCACCCAAAUAAUACACAAUUCAAGGAUUUGCCUGUAGAAUUAGGUAUAAAACUACCCUUUUUUUUUUUGGUUUCCUUUCAUUAUUCUUCUUUUUGGAAUUUGUUUCCCAUUUACAAUUGGAUGAUGCAUUCUAAUCUUCCCAUUUCUGUCAAUCUACUUGUAAAAAGAAUUUGUGCACUGGGAAAUUAAUGUAUCUAAUUGCCACUGUUGUUGCAAGUAUUGUUUAUCAGUUCAUUUGAUGCUAAUUUUAGUUUUGAUUGGAUAAAAAUGUACUUUGGCAAUAUGAAUUAUUAGUAAACAGUGUGCCUUCUGAGUUUGAAAUCCA